AUGGAGGGGUAUCCACUGCCAUGGGUCAACAGUUGAAUAGCUAAACAAGCUAGCAAGUCCUAACGAAGUCACACAAGUCACAGAGAGAUAUAUACCAAUCGCAAUGGUUUGCAAGGGUUGUGGAACUAACUGCCAGUGCUCGGGCCAGAAGUGCGGAGACAAUUGCGCCUGCAACAAGGACUGCCACUGCGUCUGCAAGAAUGGACCCAAGGACCAGUGCUGCAGCAGCAAAUGAACUGGCCAACUAACUAGCCAACUUCUAAACUGAAGCUGAACUCCCUUCGAGUAGUUUUGGCCACAAUAAAAUAAAGUUUAUGAAGAUUUCGAGCAUUUAAAA